CUUCUAGCGCGCAAGCGGCGCUGACGGCCAUCUCGUGCCAUGGCCAGAGAACAGCGGGCCUUCUACGAGCACUUGGCAGGCCUGACGCGGGAAUAUGAGCGGGUGGUGCAAGAACAGGCUGACUUGCGCAACCUACUUUUCGAUGCCUCGCAGGCCGCGUACGCGGCAGUUGGCUCCCCCAGCCUCAAGGGCGUGAAGGGACUGAAUGGCGGCACGCAGGAACUGAUCAGAAAACCUGACGCGGUCUUCUGCGCUGGCUGUACCAAGGACGCCGCGGAAUAUGAGGUUUCCCAGGAGCCCACGGUGCUGCAAAUCGUGACGCAAGAGGAUCGCGAACUGGCACUGAACCAUCGCUCUGAGGGUCCAAAAGCCUACGAGCUAGAUGUGACGAUGUGGAAAGCGCGAGGCCUGAGGAAUGCCGACAUCGUGUCAGGUGUCUCGGACCCAUACUGCGAGUGCAGCAUUGAGGGCAGAGGCCGGUCAACUUUUCGAACCUCGGUGGCCAACGACGAUCUGAAUCCUUCGUGGGACGUGGGAGCAGUGAUCUCGGAUUUCUACUCCGGUGAUGCCUUGGUCUUCUCGGUGUGGGACAAAGACCUUUUCGACAACAGCGAUUCGCUGGGCAAGGCGGUGCUUCCGGCGGCAAAGAUUCUGCCGGAUGGCUUCGACGGCUGGUUGCUGCUGGAAGGCGCAGGCUCCACUGCAGGUCUCACACAGGAUGUGCCGAUGAUCCACGUGACAGCGAAAGUGCUACGGAGCUUUCCGGAGGACCAGGUGCGCUACCGGGAACCCGAGCCGAUGCCCAAGCUCUCCACGACGGAGCCGCGCUUGACCUGGCAAGAGGCCCUGAAUAACGAGAGCUUCCCCGCGAGCCCGCAAGACCAGGAACCGAAGCAGACCAAGUGGCAGAAGCUCCAGAAGUUUUUGCUUUCGGACAAGUACGAGCUCAUCCUCGCAUUGUUUUUGUGUCUCAACGUUGCCAGCAUGGCGGCGGAGCUGCAGUACGAUGGACUGGAGCUGGGUUACCGCCUGCAGUAUGGCACCUACUUGCGGCCUGCUGCUGAUCGAUGGGCUUGGGGCAACGAAAUCCUGCGGAUCAUUGACUACGCCUUCUCAGUGAUUUUCACGAUCGACGUUGUGGUCCGUAUCGCCGUGCUGCGGUCGCUUUUCUGGAGAGGUGGCAUCACAAAUUACAUCGACGUCAUCGUGGUGGUCGGCUCCUGGCUGGUCUUCUUCGCGAGCUUUAUACCUUUCAAGCCCACGCUUUUGCGGCUCCUCCGCUUUGGCAAGUUGGUUCGGGCGCUCAAAGUUGUGAGGCUCUCCGAGUCGCUGGAGUCUCUGGCCUUUCUCAUGUCAUGCCUGCGGGCCAGCGGCGUCAUUCUGUGGUGGACCAUGUGCUUGCUGGUGUGCAUUCAGGGGAUUGCGGCACUCUUUGUGAGUAACCUCCUGCACAUUCAGAUCGCCAGUGAGGAGGGGCAGGCUGAUACCAUUUCUGUGGAGAGCAGGAGGGCGGUAUUCAGGUACUACGGCACGUUCUCGGCAUCAUUCUUGACGAUGUUUGAAGUGCUUUUUGCCAAUUGGGCUCCAGCCUGCAGAGUGCUCACCGAUCACAUCAGCGAGUGGUGGUCAUCUUUCUUCUUGCUCUACCGCUGCAUUCUAGGUUUUGCACUGCUGAACGUGGUGAACGCGGUCUUUGUGCAGUCUACCCUGAAAGUGGCGCAUGCCGACGAGGAGCUGCAGUUUGCCGCCAAGCUGAAGGCCCAGGAGAAGGUCACAAAUAAGCUUCAGGACAUGUUCAAAGCGCUGGACAGCUCAGGAGAUGGUGUAGUCACUAUGGACGAGUUCAACGAGAUGAUUGAGAGUCCUAAGCUUCGCUUCUGGGCCAGCCAGCUCGAGUUGGAGUCCGCCGACUUGGUGAGUCUCUUCCACCUUCUCGAUGAUGGGGACGGCGUCAUCUCACUGAAUGAGUUCCUGGAGGGUGCUUCUCGUUUACGAGGCCCAGCAAAGAAUAUUGACAUGGCCAGAUUGCUGGGCCACAGCAACAAGAUCGAGAGGCAGCUGAAGGCCCUCGCAAAGGCUCUACCGGCACGUCCUCCAAUUCAUUCAGGCCAGCUGUGGGACGUGAGGAGCGAGGUGAGAAGCGAAGUGAAGAGUCUUGACCAGGCGUGGUCUGGCGGUGUCUGAGCUCCAGGCCCCUUGAAAGGGCAUUGGUUGUCUGCUUCAGCAGAUCCACCUAGAAGCAGGUCCAAGGCGCCCUUUCUUUGGUCUUGCCAUGGCGGUGGCGCCAGGCGUGUUGUUUUUUUCUUCUCUAAAUUGGCGCUGACACAGCUGAGCUCGGCCGGCGGCUUAUCCCCUGAGCUUAGCCGCCGGUUUCUCCUGUUUCACGUUUUUACCACCCCCCCUGUCGGGUAGUGCCA